GACUUCUAAACAGUUAAAUGAAACAUCAUUGUGCGGGGGUCUGGAGGUAAUUAUUUACAUAACUUACACACAAGUGUUUAUAUAAGAAAGGAAAACAGUUCACAAGAAGAGCUCAAGCUCUGUACAGAGCUCUGAUGGCCUGACGCUUUGUCUGGACUCGAUGUGUGCGCACGGAUCUCGCGCCCUGAGUGGCCCAAGCGGCUGUAUAUUUUAAUAGUUAAGACCUACCUGUGACUCCUUUGACAGAAUCAGGUAUACAAUGUCACCUGUUUAUAUACAUAUAUGUUGUGAACCAAGCUGCUCCUCCUAACCGCGGUCAAUGUAUCAGUGAUUUUUUUUGGCCAGUGAGGAAGGUACAUUUAACAAAAUUCAGUUAUGGCGGCUACACCCAUUUCCCCACGGGCUCAGGACCGACAAAAAGCUAGAUUGGCGAAAUUGGAAGAAAAGUGGAGCGUUCUGUUUAACCAGAAAACAAGAGCUCCAAUUUACAGCGUGGACAUGUACAUUGAUAAUCUACAUCAGUGUUGUGACGGCAAGAAGAACAGGUUGCUGUCUAGCAGUGGCCACAGCAACCUCAGCAACGGAAACAGCAAUGGCAGCAGCAUCUGUAGCACUAAUCCUACCGCCAACCUUGAAGUAUCUCAUCUCCUUCAGAAACUAAGACUCGACCUGAAAAUGUCAUACCAAUGGUUUAUUGAAGAUUUCUGUAAGAGAGAGAACAAUGGUCUAACCUUAUUGCUGAACUUGCUACGAAACAUUCAGAAGAUCGCAAAAGAAAUGAAUUCUGUUCCAUCAAAAGAAAAAGCACAGACCCGGAAACGGUUACUGUCGGAAGAACUGGACUGUUUGGUGUGCGUCAAAUUUUGUCUCCGUGCGCAGAUUGCAAGCAAAGUCUUGUUGGACUCGACUUACGGGCUGGAAAGCGUGGCUUCGGCGUUAAUGAGUUCCUUCACGAAGUCAAGAAUUGCUGCUCUAGAGAUAAUGAGCUUGAUACUGAGGGAACCUGGGGGAUUCAAUAGAAACGUCGACUGCUUCACGUACUUCCGUCUCAAGAACUGCGAGCCUGUGCGAUUCAAAUUCCUCGUCAGCAUGCUGAUGUCAAGAUCUGACGGUUCCCUGUCUUUUCAGGUGUGUUGUAUGAGGUAUUUGAAUUCCUUAAUUACGUUUGCUCCCAAUUCCAACAUCAAAGUCUUUCUCCAGACUGAGUUGGAAAUGGCGGGAGUGGAUCCAAAUGUUCUACUAAUGAUGAUAGAAGACAACAAACUGCCGGAAAAAGAUGAUCUCAUCCGAGAGAUCCUGGACUUCCAAAACAGCCAAAUCGAUGUCGACACUGUCUUGGAAACCAACAAAGCACUGCACGAGAAGAUUACAACACUGAGAAAUCAAGUUAAGCUGUCGCAGGCAGAAAAACAGACGUCCAGUAAAACGAAACCGGCACCACCCCCACCCCCACCACCACCACCGCCUCCACUUCCUGUUACCAACCAGCUUCGUACUGCACCUGCGCAGAUGACGACGGAAACGCAACAUAACCCUAAUGUAACUGUGAAUGUUGAUGUACAUGUACAAAGUGUUCAAAACGAAAAUUCAGCCUUGCAGCGUCUUACGAACUGUCUUCAAGAAUUAAAAACGAUACAUGACAACGAAAACACACGACAAGAUAUUAACGAGUGCAAUAACAAUGAGGUCACGUGUAAGGAUGAGAAAGUUCCUUUUUCUCCAAGAGCCAAAUUGCCAUAUUUGAACUGGACUGUGAUAGGCGAUGUUGAAAAUACUAUGUUUAAGCAUCUAAAUUAUGAAAGAGUUCUUCAAGAGAUAGAAUUGUUUGAACUUGAAGAAAGUUUUAAGAUCGGACAGGAACAGAAACAAGAUUGUCCAAAACCGCUAAGAGAAAAAUCUAGAAAAUCGAAAAUUCGAUUUAUGGAGCCAUCCAGAGCUAAAAACCUUUCCAUCUUACAGAAGAAGAUCGGGCGCUCUCCUUUGGUAAUCAAGGAGUAUAUAGAGGAGUACGAUGUUGAUGCUCUGUUAUCCGACAAUGCGGAGUUACUUCUCAAGUUCAUUCCGACAGAGACUGAGAUGAGGACGAUAAUGGAAUUAGACUUUCAGUUGGAAGAUUUAGAUGAAGCAGAGCAAAUGCUGGUGCAAUUGAUGUCCAUCGCUAGGCUAGAGGAUCGGCUCCGUCUGAUGAUCUUUAUGGACAGUUUCCCACGUGUAGCUGACACACUUUUACCUCCAAUCGCUGAUUUAAUGAAGAAGUCCACUUGCUUACUUAGAUGUACAAAGUUGCAGAAAAUUUUCGAGAUCAUUCUGGCCGUGGGAAAUUUCAUCAAUGGUAACAGGAAGCAAGCCUGUGGAUUCCGAGUUUCGUCACUUCCGCUGUUAGAACAAAUUCGAUCCGGGGAUCGAUCCUUGAACCUUCUGGAGUACAUCGCAGAACUAGUUGUACGUCACUACUAUGAUGUUCAUGAUUGGUAUGACGACCUUGACAUUCUCAACACUAGUUCAGUCUCUUUUCAGUCUUUGCUGGCAUCAGUCAAGGAGAUGGAUUUUGCCAUGUCUACUUUACAGCGAGAGAUAACAGAAACAAACUGCCAACGACUUAUUGUAUUCCACGAAGAAAUGUCAACGAAAUGUUGUAAAAUUCAGAAGGAAUUCCGUGAAAUGGAAUCAGUAUAUAGAUCAUUGUGUACCAUGUUCGGGGAAAAUGCUUCAGAUUUGGACUCGCAGGAAUUUUUCAAACUAAUACAUAAUUUUGCCGAAUCGUACAGGAUGUCUGAUAAACAGUUGAAUAGACAGCGAUGGAGAAUGGGAAUUACUCUAACAAAAGCAAAACAGGACAAACCCGCCACAUCGGAAAAGGAACUUGAGACGCGUUCUCCGAGGUUUACCCAUAUUGAUUCUGCCCCAGUGCGGUCGCCGGGUUAUCAUCACACAGAAAACCGACAAGAACAGGCCUUUACGUUUGAAAAUGACAUUGCUGAGAAGGAAAUAGUGACACUGAGUGAACAGAGUAUAGAAGACUGGGUUGUAAAUAGUCCACCUCCUUCAGCAUGUACGGACGUAUUACGAGAAGAAUCGUUCGCAAGAAUACACAACCUGGAUCAACCAAAAGAGGAAAUGGACAGUAUCUUUGAUUACGAGACCGAAAGUGAGGAUAGUGCGUUUGUUGGGUCUGAAGGACAAUAUCUCCGGUCUUCAAGCAAUAGAAAAUUCACCUUUGAUAAUGGUGUCUUACAUCAUGAAUACCGCUCCAAUUUUCUCCGGAAACCGAGUCCUCCACCAGAACCAUUUCCGGACUACUCGGUUUGUGGGACAUUCCGAUUUGAUGACGAAGUUGAUAAGGUGUUGAGUGAUUUCGAGGGAAAAUUGAACGAAUACUGCACGAUAGCCAGUGUCCCUGUAUACAAAGGGUACCUGGAUAUGAGAUCAGAGAUUUACAUUUAAGGAAACAAGAAACGGCUAUUUUUCAACUACUUGUAUAAAAUUUGCUUUUUUAUAAUAUAUUUUUGUGCAAUGAAUUUCACACGGCUGUGCAAUAUUUCCCUAUGAUAUUAAUAAUAUUUACCAAUAUAAAUAUUAAAUGUGUAUGUGUAUAUACAUAUAUGUGUAUGUUCUGUGCCUAAUAUAUGUACAUUACUAUGAUUUGUUAGUCGCCUAUUAUUUAAAUUAUGUCAUAAAACUCGGAUGGCUA